UGGCUUUUUUCAGUAACUUUAUCCUAAAAGCAAUAGGUAAAGAUGAGAGAGAAGGCCAUUUCCAAUUAAUGGCAGUCUACUUCGUGAGCAAGGAAACAAAUCAUACAUAAAGACCGUCUUCAACCUCUCAUUACUUCGAGAUCGUUGAUCUGAUCGUCAGAAUGUCGAGCGAAGGAGAGGGCCUGGCAAUAGGGAUCGAUCUGGGGACGACGUAUUCGUGCGUGGGAGUGUGGCAACAUAAUCGAGUAGAGAUAAUAGUAAAUGAUCAGGGCAACAGGACGACGCCGUCUCAUGUCUCCUUCACUGAAAAAGAGCGCUUGGUAGGUGAUGCCGCCAUGAAUCAGGUUGCCAGGAAUCCCUCCAACUCCGUCUUUGACGCAAAGCGAUUGAUUGGGAGGAGAUUCAGUGAUCCCUUAGUUCAGGGUGAUGUCCAACUUUGGCCAUUCAAAGUCAUUGAGGGUCCUGAUGACAAGCCUAUAAUCGUGGUCACUUAUAAAGGUGAAGAAAAGUAUUUUUCAGCUGAGGAAAUCUCAUCUAUGGUUCUAAAAAAGAUGCGUGAGAUCGCUGAGGCAUACUUGGGCACCACUGUGAAAAAUGCAGUUGUUACUGUCCCCGCCUACUUCAGUGACGCACAACGUAAGGCCACAAAUGAUGCUGGCACCAUCGCGGGCCUUGACGUCUUGCAAAUAAUCAAUGAACCCACAGCUGCAGCCAUUGCUUACGGUAUUGACAGGGCGGGUGGCAUUGGUAAGAGAAAUGUGUUGAUCUUUGAUUUAGGGGGUGGUACUGCAGAUGUCUCACUGCUUACCAUUGAGGAUGGUACUUUCAAUGUUAUGGCCGUUGCUGGAGAUACACACCUUGGAGGUGAGGAUUUUGACAAUAGAAUGGUAGAACAUUGUGUUCAAGUGUUUAAAAGGCAAAACAAGGAGGACGUCAGUGGAAACGCCCGAGCUCUAAGGAGGUUGAGAACAGCUUGUGAGAGAGCAAAACGCAUUCUUUCUUCUGCAAUUGAGACUACCAUUGAAGUUGAUUCUCUAUAUAAUAGUAUUGAUUUCUUCUCUACUAUUACCCGUGCCAAAUUUUCAGAACUCAAUAUGGAUUUUUUCAAAAAUUCUAUUAUGCUUGUGGAUAGGUGUUUGACUGAUGCGAAGAUGGACAAGAGUGCAAUCGACGAUGUCAUUCUUAUAGGUGGUUCUUCCAGAAUCCCCAGAGUGCAGGAAAUGUUGCGGGAAUUCUUCGAUGGAAAGGAGCUUAACAAGAGCAUUAACCCAGACGAAGCUGUGGCUCAUGGAGCCGCUGUUCAAGCUGCGAAUUUGACUGGUAUGGGUAAUGAGAAAGUGAAUCAAAUUAUGCUCUUGGAUGUCACCCCUCUGUCUCUAGGAGUGUCUGUCAAUGGAGGUGAGAUGUCUGUUGUGAUUCCAAGGAAUACCACCAUUCCCACCAAGAUAGAGGCAAACUACAGCAACUUCCAUGAUAACCAAACUAGUGCUUUGUUCUCAAUUUACGAGGGAGAAAGAGUGAGAGUUAGGGAUAACAACUGGUUGGGAGAAUUCCGCCUUGUUGGCAUUCCUGCCGUACCUAGGGGUGCUGCUAAGCUCAAAGUAAGCUUUGAUAUAGAUGCAAACGGUAUUUUGAAUGUUUCUGCUGAGGAGGUGACCACUGGGGUGCGUCGCAAGAUCAUCAUCACCAACGAGAAGGCGAGACUAUCCAAUGUAGAAAUUAAUAGGAUGAUUGUGGAUGCUGAGAUAUACAAGGUUGAAGAUGAUGACUGCAGGGAGAGAGCCAAGUCUAAGGCAGCUUUGGAGAACUAUGCCUACAAAAUGAGGAACAACAUUAAUGAUAAGCAAAUUGGUGCCAAGGUUUCCCGUGCCAGUAAGAAGAAGAUCAGAGCUGCUAUUAACAAGGCGAUUCAGUGGUUAGAUAACUUAGAUGGCAUGGAGCUCGCAGGGGUUGAUGAGUUUGAGGAAAAGCUCAUAGGCCUUAAGUUAAUAUGCAAACCCAUAAUUGCAAAUAUGUCUGAUUCUGAACUACAAUAAGCAGUUGAGCUGCCCCUUUUAUCAAUAAAAUUGACCUAACGAAUGCUCA